CAGCCGCCUUCCCGCCAGCUCCCCGAGGCCGGCUGUCCGCACAUCAGCCCUGCUCCUCGCAUUCCGCCCCGCAGCUCGGCACGGCCUUUCCCGGGGGCCGGGCAGGUACGCGGGGCCGCGCUUCCCUGCCGUGAGGUGUGUCCCUGGGUGGCGGUGACUUGGCGAGCGAUUGGGUAGGACGGGCAAGCGGCUCCCCGGCUCCCCUGCUGGGCUUCCCGGCGCCGCGCUCCCGCAGUAGCAGCGCGCUCCCCGGCCGCGCCGCCGCCCGCCCGCCCCGCUCGGCUCCGCUCGGCUCCGCUCCGCUCCUCCAGCGCCCGGUCCGGCCCGGCCCGGCCCGGCCCAGCCCGGCUCGGCCCGGCCCGGCCGGCCCCAGCCGCCGCCGCAUCAUGCCGCAUCCCUCGGUGCCCCUCGGGGCCGCCCUGCUGCUCGUCCUGCUGGCGGCGGACUCCUCGCAGACCGUGCUGUUGCGCGCCCCGGAGGCUGCCCAGUUCCUGCGGCAGAGGCAGCGGCGAGCCUACCAGAUCUUCGAGGAGACCAAGCAAGGGCACCUGGAAAGGGAGUGCGUGGAGGAACACUGCAGUAAGGAGGAGGCCCGAGAGGUGUUUGAGAACGACCCCGAGACGGAGUAUUUUUACCCGAAAUACUUGGCUUGUAUUCAGAAAUAUGGGUCACCGUAUACAAGAAGUCCUGAUUUCCUCACCUGCGUUCAUAAUUUGCCAAACCAGUGUUCUCCCGAUCCUUGUCACAAAGAGGGGACUGUCAAAUGUGAAGAUCUCAAGGGGGACUUCUAUUGUGAAUGCAAGCAUGGAUGGCAGGGAAAAACAUGUGAAAAAGAUAUUGAUGAAUGCAGAACGCAGAACGGUGGCUGUAACCAGCUCUGCCUCAACAAGCUUGGCAGCUACCAUUGUUCAUGCCUCAGUGGUUACACUCUUAAAGACAGCAAAACCUGUGAGGACAUAGAUGAAUGCGCAGCAGCAGCAGAUAUCUGUGGAGAAGCUUACUGUAAAAAUUUAAUAAGUUCAUAUGAAUGUCUUUGUGAUGCAGGCUACAAGUACGAUGAUGUGAAAAAGACCUGUCAAGAUAUAAAUGAAUGUGAAGAGAAGCUCUGUGAACAGACCUGUGUCAACUCACCAGGGAGUUAUACCUGUCAUUGCGAUGGCAGAGGGGGAGUAAAACUUUCUGAGGACAUGAAUACCUGUGAGAACAUAAUACCAUGUGUGCCUUUUGCUGUUGGAAAAAGUGCUAAAUCUAUGUACCUGGGGAGGAUGUUCAGUGGUGCUCCUGUCAUCAGGCUACGCUUCAAAAGGAAACAACUGACGAGACUUGUGGCUGAGUUCGACUUUAGAACCUUUGAUCCUGAAGGUAUCCUUUUCUUUGCUGGAGGCCAUCAAGACAGCACAUGGGUAGUUUUGGCUUUGCGCAAAGGACGGCUAGAGCUGCAGCUGAAAUACAACGGGAUAGGCCGCGUGACCAGCAGCGGACCUGUUAUCAACCAUGGCAUGUGGCAAACGAUCUCUGUUGAAGAACUCGAAAAAAGUUUGGUUAUAAAGGUCAACAGGGAUGCAGUUAUGAAAAUAGCUGUCUCAGGGGAUUUGUUUACUCUAGACAAAGGGCUGUAUCAGCUGAAUUUGACAGUAGGAGGCAUUCCUUUCAAAACAAAGGACCUUAUUCUACCGAUAAACCCUCGGCUGGAUGGUUGCAUGCAGGCAUGGAACUGGCUGAAUGGGGAGGACUUCACUAUCCUAGAGACCAUAAAGAUGAACGAAAAGAUGCAGUGCUUUUCUGUAGCAGGGCGAGGGUCUUUCUAUCCUGGACGAGGUUUUGCUGUGUUUAAUCUUACUUAUGUGCAGCCUAUUUCAGGAAAUGAAACCAAGACAAGCUGGGAAAUAGAAGUAAAUGCUGUGAUUCAACCAGCAACCGACACUGGUGCGCUGUUCGCUCUUGUUACAGAAGAAGCAUCUGUCCCUUUAUCGCUGUCUCUGGUUGACUAUCACUCCACAAAGAAACUGAAACAACAGUAUAUCAUCGUGGCCCUGGAGAACACAGUUGUGUCCAGACUGGCAAUAAAUCUCUGUGAUAAGAAGGAACACUCUGUGGACGUCUUCCUCAAGAAAGAUCACUUAUCCCUGAGGGUAGAUGGGAUAGCAGGAGAGAGUGAACUAAGCAUCUCUGAGUUAGAGGACAGUCUGUCCAUUUUGGAGAGCUCUUUGCAGUCAACGGUGAAGACAUACUUGGGAGGAUUACCAGAUGUUCCGGUCACUUCUACUCCAGUCACCGCGUCCUACCACGGCUGCAUGACCGUCAAGCUGAGCAACAAGGCACUUGACUUAGACGAGGCUCUCUACAAGCACAGUGACAUCACCUCACAUUCCUGUCCUCCAGUCGAGGCGGGUCAGUAGGUACCACUACAAUGCAAAAGUUUUAUAUUCAGAAACUUUCAAUGCUUUUCAUUUUUUUAAAAAAUAUAAAUUAUUCAGAUCUACCGCACUGCGUGUAUAGUUUCUCUUAAGCACUGAAGUUAUGUAGGAGCUACUGAUCCUCAUGUCAGAUUGAUUAUUGAAAUAGUCCUUUGCUUUGAGGUUUAAAGGUUGUAAUAUAUUUGUAAAUAGUUCAGAAGACUAAUGUUAAAUAAGUCAAAAGUACAGAAUAUACCAAAAGUGAAUGUUAUCUUUAGUCUGUAAGAGACAGUUUUAUCUGUAAUGUGGAAAACCUGGUAAUAUAUGAGUGUGGACUGGAUGAAAAAUAAUAAUUCUGUAUUAUUUUUUAUUAACAAACACUGCUUUCUGAUUUGCAAAAUAUGAGAGAAUAAAAUAUUUACAUACAAGUUUUUAAUAUACAUGUACUGAGAUUAUUCUGUAUUCUGUUAUUUGGACAUAAUGACUCAGGCUAUGUCUUGUGUGGAGAUUACACUGGUAAAGGGGGUUAUGUUAAGUUGGUUUGGGUUUUUGUUUGGAGGUGGGGGUCUUUAUGUGCUUAGGUCAGUAUUAUGUAUCUUCUGGGCUGGAGAGCAAAUGGUUGCUGCUGUUGUUAUUGCUAGUUUCUCUUUCUGGUACUACAGAUAGAAGACUUGAUUGUGACCUUUAGAAAAACUCUCGGUCAACAGAAAAUGGAAAACAGAGUUGGGUCAUCAGGAAGCAAUUAGUAGAAAAGACUCCAUAAGUUGAAAGCCAUAUGGCUUUUGUGUCAAUAACUGCUGAAGCAAAUGAUGAGGUGUCAAGAACUGGAGAAUAUUAUCUGGUGAUAACAUACUUUUGCUGCUCAAUUUUUAGGUUGGCUCAUUCACUGUGAGCCUAGUGAGAGCAGACAGGCUUGAGAGCGUGAGAGUUAGCCAGGCCAGAUUGCAGUCUGGUGAGAAUAUGCGUGGGGGUUUACUCAGGAGAGGUUGUAGAGUCAUAAAGUGCAUUCACAUUCUAAGCUAUCCUUGUGAAGCUGGGGUAAGAUUUGCCUAGCUUGCUCUGAGUCCCUUAAAUCUUGCUUUAUUUGGUCCUUGUCUUGCAUCAGAUUAAUGAACUGAGAAAGAUGGGUAUAUGCUGUGGUGGGAAUCCGAAUACUGGGGUGGAUAAGGUUGUCCCAUGCUUCGGAGGGUUAACAUGGAAAAGGUCUAAUUCUACAAGGUCCUUUAUAAAUUUUUCCUGGUCGUUCUACAUCAUGUUCUGUCUUAUCAAAUACAGAGAUGACAGAUUAGCCUAAUAAUUCAAAUGUGUGACAUCAUCUGUGACCAACCUAUGGACAUACGUGUCCCAGAGGAAAGGACAGAAGAGGGGGGAAGACUAUUCCAAACAUAUUCCUGGUAAGGAUCCCUGCGUUAUUUACCAGAGAAGAGGAAGGUGUACUCUAUUAGCCAUAAGCCAGCAAGACAUCAUAGCUCUGUAUUGUGACCAAAUCAGUCAGCAGUAAUGCAGUAGGGCAGAAAAGAUCAGAGCUUUAUCACUUUAAACUCAUUUACACUUAUAGAAGGACCUGUCAAAAGACUCUUUACACUCAGGUGUGACCAGAUGCAAGUUUGAAAGGAUAAUUGCUCACUACACAGUAAUAAUUUACCGGCAGAAUGUGCAUGGAUAGGAAAACCCAGAAGUAGUUCUAUGUUUUUGCCUUUUUUUAUUGAGCAAGGGGAAACCACAUUAUUCCUGAGAGUGCUUUCGUUAGAGUUGAUGGCUCUUGAUCACUUGUGAUAUGAUGGAGAACCCAAGAAACAUUAGUUUAGUAUCUCCAGUGAGAGCUAGGAAUCCUGAAGAUACUGUGGUUAAUAGCACUUCCACACUGCAGUGUUCUGUUUUCUGUGUGUUUUUCCAUGGUUAUUUUAGUCCUUUACCAAAAUAUAUCCCUGUGCUGGUUUUGCCGGGAUAGUGUUAAUUUUCUUCAUACUAGCUAGUACAGGGCUAUGUUUUGGAAACAGUCUUGGUAACACAGGGAUGUUUCAGUUACUGCUGAGCAGUGCUUACACCGAGUCAAGACCUUUUCUGCAACUCACCCCACCCCAUCAGUGAGCAGGCUGGGGGUGCACAAGAGGUUGGGAGAGGACACAGACAGGACAGCUGACCCCAACUGACCAGAGGGAUAUUCCAGACCGUAUGGCAUCAUGCUCAGCAUAUACAGCUGGGGGAAGAAGGAGGGAAUGGUCAGAGUGAUGGUGUUUGUCUUCCCAAGUAACCGUCACAUGUGAUAGAGCCUUGUCCUGGAGAUGGCUGAACCUGCCUGCUGAUGGGCAGUAGUGAAUGAAUUCCUUGUUUUGCUUUGCUCACAUGCACGACUUUUGCUUUACCUAUUAAACUGUCUUUAUCUCAACCCAUGAGUUUUCUCACUUUCCCUCUUCUGAUUCUCUCCCCAUCCCACCAGAUGGUAGUGAGCAAGUGGCUGUGUGGGCUUGAGCUGCUGGCUGCGUUAAACCAUGACAAUAUCUUCCACCUUUUUACCUUGGAGUAGCUCUAAGGAAAACAGUACAAACUUAGAAGACACCUAUUUUUUAAAGCAAGUAGAUGAAACAACCCCUGCUUUACUUUGUUCUUUUCAAAGGAAGCAUGUUAGCAAAACAGUCUUAUGGCUGACAAUUUUGUCUAAUUUCUGUGGUAGUUCCCAAAAAAACUACCAUGUGGCAUAAAUGAAUCACAAACAUGUCUGACCUUUGUGUUAGUGGCACUAUUUAUGAGGCCAGAAUUAUUCUGGAUCCUGGAAACAUGAAUACUGUGGUAGAGUAUGGUACUUUGCAGUUUCAGAUGUAGUAUUAUGUGAACAAGGCUGUAAUUCCAUUUUCUAAAUCAAUCUAAUUGAGAGCAAAAAAUUCUCCAGGACUUUGCAUUUGUAUGCAUGUAUAUGAAGAUCAUUUGCAUAGACCAAAAUGCACCCCGACCCAAAAUGUGGCUUAUAAGAGAAAGCCAGAAUUUUUAAGUAAGUCUGGAGAAUAACAGAAAAGGCGUGUUCUUUUGUGUCAAGCUGGAUUGUUUUUAAUACCCUACAGCAAACCAUGCUGGAAGAAGAGGUAGCUGCUUCUAUAGACAUUGAAAAGAGGAAAGUGAUAUGCAUUCCUUCGUUCCUUCUCAGUCAUUGUGCUUCAACCCAAGGCAAACACUGAUUUCACUUGUGUUCUGGUAGCAGGCUGGGUGCUCAGCUCAAAGGGAGCAGUAUGUUCUGGGCUUUGAGACACCAAAAUGAACACAGGUAGUUCCCCUGUUAGCAUUCAUAGCAAGUAAACUGUGUAGGUCCAAUUAUUUAAAGGUCAGGGUGACUGUGCCCUUCACAGCAUGCAUUUGCACAAGAACUGAGCAUUUUGGAUGUGUUAAAUUGAUGUUUAAAAGAAAAAUAAUGGUCUCCUGGUUUUCUCAACCAGGUUCAUGUAACUCACCUUAUCAACAAUACAUGUAAGGCAUCUUGGCCCUGAUGUUAAUAUCACUGGCCUAAAAUUGUGCAGCUCAGAAAAACCAUCUUAAUUGAACAAAAUACAGCUUUUAUGGUCCAUAUAAAUUAACCUCUGAUCUUAUGUGUAUUAGUACUGAAUCUGCUUUUGAUAUGUAGAGGUACAGCACAUGAAUUAAGAGAAAUUUCUUGACAGGAGGGAAGUACUAUGUAGAAGGAUGAUCACUCUUUGUUCUAUCUUCAGCUGGUCUGAUGGUGUCACUUCCUUUCAAAAGAAACUGUUAAGCUGGUUUUGUUUAUACAGGGGUUUUUAAUAUUUUCAUAAUAUGAAGCAGAUGCUUAGAAAGUUAAUAAGAAAUACCUUUCUUUCCCUCCUUUGCUCUUUGGUCUUUCAGGAAAUUUCUAUGGCUUCGUUGCUGUCUAGACUGUAAGAACUAUAUAGCAAAGCAGCACCACCACCCUUCCUGCAGGAGCAAAAUGCGGUGAAGCGAUGCAGCAGUCUGAUGGGUUUUCCUGCUGGUGUAGCCACUCCUGCCCCAAAACGUGGCAGCUGUGUGCUAAGAGGGAUCCCAGCUAAUGUGAUGCACAGCGAGGGGGCAGGGUGCACACGGCAGGGACACUACUUUGUUCCUGUCAAUGGCACUGCCACAGGUAUUGCUGCUCAAAACAUGUUUUUGUCUCUACACAAUAGGAGAAAACUUUAAAACUGUUCUGUUUCAGUCAUUGUAAAAUGCUUGGAUCAGGUCUUGAUCAGUUUAAAAAUAAAUAAUUGAGGUUUAACAUA